AUGGAGGCGCAUCACGCAACCCUGGGCCACCGGACGGUGCGGUCCCGAGCCUGAUGUCCCUUGUGCUUGAAUUCUGUAUUGUUUUUGACGGCGUCUUUCCUUUGAGGGGUUUUAGUUGGAAGAAAUCCGGCAGAAGCGGGCGGCGGAGAGAAUGCAGAAGGCUUCGUCGGGAUCGGAUUUGGAGGGUUCGAAUCCAUAUGGUAUGUUCGAUUUUUCCAUCCUUUUCCUCUUGUUUCACCUCUGAUACAGGUUUCUGUGCUCGUCAAAUCUUCGUGGACCUUUCUUUAUCGGUUUUCGUAUUCGUGAUUUCGUACAGGAAUGCAGAAAUAUGAGAGCGGAAGUCAAUUCACCGAGGUUAGAGAAUUUCUAAAAUUUCCCGUGCAUUGUUGCUAAAUUACGGUGUUUCUUUUUUUUUCCAAUUACGAUUUAUCUCAUCAUGAAAACUAUUUCUGGUUUUCAUGAACCUUACAUUACUAAAGAUUUUGCAUGUUCGAUUGGUAGCAGUAUUGAAUAGAUUAACAUGUCUUACUCUGUUAAGAGAGCCAACACCUGGAAACCUAUUUUCUCCUGCAGAAAGAUUUUAAUGCACUAUUAUUCCGGCUCAAGGAGUUGGAGAAGAAAAAUGCUGAGCUAGAAGUUGAAAACGGACAGUUACAGUCGAAGGUAACACAAUCUGGAUAGAGGAUUUAUACUUUAUUUUUCAUAGUGUUGUUUGCUAUCAACCCUGCUGAUUGUCUUUUUAAUACUUUUCAGCUUGAAACGAGGCAAACGGAGAACGACUCAUUGCUGAAGCGUGUUAAUGAUUUGGUAAACUUUUCUUGAUACCAAGAAAUUUCUUCAUUUUAGUAGUUGGAUGUAUAUCAAAACCACGCAUCUUUAUUUUCUACAGAAUAUCGGUGAUCAGUAGGUUCAAUUCUAUGCAGCUUUGUUUUCUUUACUGACUUUUCAAUUUUCACAUGGAAAACCACAGGAACAUGAGAGUUUACCUGUCCUGAGGAAAUCUUUGAAAGACGUUUCAAUAGAAAAGGACGCAGCAGUUGUUGCACGGGUAUUCGUGACCUUUACCAUUCUUAUAUGAAGUGCUUCUGCUUACGGACUGAAUUGUUUAUUUUAUGUGAUAACCAUGUAAAUCUACCAGAAUGGAUUUAACUGUGUCCUUGUUUCCGUGAUAAAUCCUAUCAAAUAACACCCGAAUUUUAACUCUUAGGCUCAUUUUUUCGAACCUUACUGUCCACCUUAUCAUCGAAUUUUUGGGCAAGUUCUAUUCAUUUACCUGAAUCAAUGCGGCUAGAAUGUGAAUGCACGCCAAAUCUUCUGGUCUUCAUCAGUUUUCACGAGCAGUUGACUUAUACAUAUUUCACUCUAAAAAUGGAGAAACAAAAUUAUGAUGGUGGGUGUUUGAAGUGACUCAAUGAGAUAUACUCCUCUAUAUUGCAUCUAGAGAAUCUUCUUAUUUUAUUUUUUUUGAAACUGCAGGAAGAUCUUCUGGCUCAAGUUCGAACGCUCAAAAAACGCUUAAAAGAGGCAGAAGAGGAGCAGUGCAGAGUAGGUUCCACUUAUUUCUAUUUUUUUGUGUACCUCAGUUAUAGGUUUUGCACUGACAGCUUUCACUGUUGUAGGCUGAAGAAGAUGCUGCAGCUUUGAGAGCAGAAUUAAAUUCAUUGCAGCAGCAAGAAAUGAGGAACCAUUAUAAUGAUAUGGCCUCGAUGGAUAGGUCGGCUGAUCUUAUUAAGUCAAUGAAAAGGGAGAUUUUGGACUUAAAGUCCCAGUUACAGGUGCGGUUUGUUUGAAUUAUGACCUUAUACGUAGAUGUAGCUGAAUGUCACUUUUCUGUUUCUUAUGGUAUGGUCGUGGUUUACUCCAGCAAGAACUACUUCAGAAGCAGGAUGGACAACAAAUGUUAGCAGAGGAACAGGUUCGAUCGUCUUCCCUCUUGGCUGAAAAACAAGAGUUGGAGGAACGGUUGACAGCUUUCUCGAAGGCCUCAGGUACAUAGCCUGUUCACAUGCACGCCAUGCACCCAUUGACACAUCUACUCGCUCCUGCUGUGUUUUUCCCAUUUGUAUUUCCAUUAUAUUUUUUCAUAGGUUCUUAAUUAUAGUCAUAUCUUUUUUUUUAUCCUAGAAUAUACAAUUUGAAAUUAUCCCCCUUCUGAAUUCUCUAUACAACCGGUUUUUGUAACUAGGUCCAAAAUCUGUCCGAUAUGCUAUACUUGUUCAUUUGAUCAAGUUAUUGUGUAGCUUUCGGAUCUCUACAUGUUGGUGCUUUUUGAUGGAGUGAAAAUAUAGAGAUUUUAAGGGGUGGAUCUAACAAACUAUAUUGGAGAUUUUUAAUAUUUUUGAUGGCCUUGAUAUUGCUGUUUAUGAAUACUGCCUUUUUAUUCUCUCUUCAUGGAUGUGGGAUUCCAGCUGCCUAAUUUUUUUUUGCCUUUACAUAAUAGGAACAAAUGGAUUUCAAUUUUUCUAUUUUCACGUCUUUUUAAAAUGAUGAUAUCCAUUUAUUCGUCGGUUACUUUUCAGAUACAAUCGUGCACGAUCCCUUUCUCUUUUGCUUUUUAUUUAGGAUAUUGGUUUGUAACCAGAUUUGUAUUUUUUUUCCCCAUUUUGCCGCAGAGGAGAUGUCCAAGGACGCUGCAAGCAAGGCAUUUUUAAUAGUAAAUGACUGAACUUUGUAACUAUAUAUCAACCUUUAGUUAUUCUUUGGGUAAUCAUGUCAGAUGACUGAUUGUAAGAAGUAGUUGUCAUAUUACAAGAGGACAUCCUUUGCUGCGUUUUUCCUGUUAUGCUGCUAGACCUGGUCUCACUGUUGCCCUGCCCAUGUGAUAAUGCACAUCCCAGUUUACACAUUCGUUAUUAGUGAGGGCUGCUUACCUUUCGUAAGCACUCUAUAGGUCAAAAAGUGACCGACAUGAACAGUCAGGAUAUUAUGAUAGAUAUUUCUUGAAUAUUCCUACCAAAAUUGCUCAAGUACUCGUGCUUCUGGCUGUUGACUUAUAACUGUCACGUUUAUAGGACUAAAUGUAUCUUUUACUGUCGCUGCAGCAAGAAAAGGAGAAGUUUGAAAAGCAGCUGCAUGAUAUGGCAGUGAUGGUCGAGAGACUUGAAAGUGGGCGUCAGAAACUUCUCAUGGAGGUAUUUCUUGCUAUGCCUCUUUCCUUGUAAUCUCAGACCCAACUGUGAUUAUCAGUUGACAGCUAGAAUUUGCCUUUAUCUCCGGCACGAACUAAUCAUAGACGAUUCCAGGUUGAUUCCCAGUCAUCUCAGAUAGAGAAGCUUUAUGAGGAGAAUUCUGAUUUAUCAGCAUCGUAUAAUGAUGCUCUUGGGGCUGUCGCACAAUGGGAGAGCCAGGUACCAGCUAUACUUUCAUAGAAUCAUGAGUGUGGCGUUCUUUUGUUAAUUAAAAUAUAUCAGCUCUGGUUCCAGCUUUUACUUGGGCAUGGCUACAAAACAAUGCCCACCGCCAAGUUUCUUUCCCUUUUUUAAUGAGAGUAAAGUAAUCUGUCUCCGGAACGUGUCCUAAACAAGUAUCAUAACGCUUUCUAGAAGAAACACACGUGCACACACGCGCACAAAGAUAGAUAGAUAGAUAGAGAGAGAGAGAGAGAGAGAGAGAGAGAGAGAUAGAUAGAUAGAUCUCUUGAAGGUCCGUUGGCUUUGAUUAUGAGCUCUUUCUCGCACCUCCAUGUGGUUGGUUUGAGGGAGAGAGAGAGAGAGAGAGAGAGAGAGAGAGAGAGAGAGAGAGAGAUUCCUUGAAGUUAUGUUGGCUUUGAUUAUGAGCUCUUUCUCGCACCUCCAUGCGGUUGGUUUGAGGGAGAGAGAGAGAGAGAGAGAGAGAGAGAGAGAGAGAGAGAGAGAGAUUCCUUGAAGGUAUGUUGGCUUUGACUAUGAGCUCUUUAUCGCACCUCCAUAUGGUUGGUUUUCCACACGUUGCAAUCUGUUCUAUUCUUUUCGGGACCAGAUGAUUACAUAACUCCGUUCCUAACAGAGAAAUCGUUUCGUUUCUCAUAAUCACCACCUAUGGCUACAUCUGACGACUUACUGAUUCAAAUUGUAGGUGAAAAGCUGUUUGGAGCAGAACAAUGAACUACGGGAAAUGCUGCACAAGGUGAGGUCAGAGCAGCUGAAUGCCGUCAACGUCAUGGCUAUCCAGACGGGCUUGGAGCCGAAGGAAGAUAGCAGAAAUAGUUUGGAUUCUCAAGGAGUUUAUGCGCUGCAGCUCAAGGUUAGGCCCUACUUUUCACUAGUGCGCUGGGGUUUGACUAAAAUCAUCGUUGACCAUGAAGUAGGAUUUCUGAAAGUUCUAGAAGUACCUCCUUAGUUUCUGCAUCAUUGACCCUUUGCCCAGGAAAACAGUUGACAAUAGCUUUCGUUAUUUCAGUAGUACCAUCUGCCGUAACUCAUCUUGCUUGUGAUUUCCGGGUUGUAGGGGCAGCUUGCCGAAGAACAGAGCAGAUCGGAGGCCCUGUCGGCUGAAGUUCUACGGCUCUCUGCAGAACUGAGACGCGCCAUCCAAUUAUAUAACAACCUCACCUGGCUGUAGGUUCCCCCCUCGCACAGUUUACUGCCCCCUCUGGGUCACAUCCGUCAACGCCCAGAGAUUCCCGUCUUUUUAACUUUUCCACCCCUUGGGUUUUGCAGCUACAGGCCCAUUCUUCGGAAUAUUGAGGACGGACUCAUGAGGAUGAAGCAUGAGAGUUUUGUCUCUUCCCAGUGA